CGAGUCAGUCAAAGGCGGACGAGCGCACUGAACGCUGCUAAUGGCGCUCUACUUUUAAACAACUCUCAAAAUGACAGUUGGAGACGUGCCUGUUAAUAAUCGACCAAGCCUGCCAAGAGUUUUGUCAUUUAGCAGGAGAGAAAAUGAUUUUCAACUGAAGUCUGCUGCAUAUUUAAAUGAAGGUUUUGAAGCAGACGAAACUAAUUUGCACGCGAAAACUCCAAAUAACAAAAGCGAAAAUUCUCAACCAUCAUUUGGUCCAAAUGGAAAUUCAAUCAAAAUAUGCGCCACAAAUGUCUGGACAAAGUUGAGACAAUCAUCCUUCAUUCCAACGCGAUUGCGAGCGACUAGACUAACUGCACUUUGGUUGCUGGGCUUCGCGUCAUGGGGAACAGUUCUAUUGCUGGUCGGCGCGGACGCAGCUCCGCCGAACGGAAAGUUGUGGCUUUUAAUUUUGCUUUCGGUUGUGGCAAAAGCCGGCGGGUGGCUCGCGGUGCAAUUGCGGCUGCCUGGGCUGUUGGGGAUGCUCCUGGCGGGGAUGGCCCUGCAGGCCGCCGGAGUGGUUUCAAUUGAAGGUCCGUACUUAGGUCUCAUCAGAGUAAUAAGGAAAGCUUCCCUGGUCAUAAUUAUGAUGCGAGCUGGAUUGGAUUUGGACCCCAAUUCUGUUAAGAAAUUGAAAUUCACGAUUUUGAGGUUAGGCUGGAUGCCCUGGGCAGUCGAAAUGUGCUGUGUUGCAGGCAUGGCAAAGUGGCUUUUUGACAUGACCUGGUCUUGGGCCUUCAUGCUAGGUGCUGUGGAGGCAGCAGUGUCACCAGCAGUGGUUGUUCCAAAUUUGAUUUUGCUGAGAGAAAAGGGUUUCGGCGUGGUUCAGGGUGUCCCAACCUUGGUGCUCGCGGUGACGGGAAUCGAGGAUGCGAUUUCCAUUGCUACUUACGGAGUUAUCACCAGCAUCAUGUUUAGCACAGGGUCUCUGGUAUUUUCAAUUUUGCAAGGCCCCCUGUCCGUUUUCGCGGGCAUAUUAACAGGGGUGCUGAUUGGAUUUCUAUCAAAGUUUGUCCCUGAUAAAAAUGACCCGUACGUGAUUUCGAUUCGCGUUUUUCUUCUCUUACUCGGCGGCCUGGUGGCCGUUUUGGGCUUCGACCGCCUCAGUUUGUCCGGUGCGGGGCCGCUGGCCGUGAUCGUGGCCGCCUUUGGUGCAGGAACGGCCUUCGCCUACCAAGGCUGGCCGGUCGGCCAAAAUCAAGUCGCCCUAACUUUUGGCGUGCUCUGGCAAUUUUUCGAGCCAGUCGUUUUUGGCCUCGUCGGCGCUCAAAUCAACGUGGUCGAGCUCCCAGCAAACACGGUUGGACUUGCGGCCGCGUGCGUUUUCGGACCAGCACUGGUGAGGUUUAUUGUCACGCUGGUGCUUCUUUCCGGAAGUUCAUUGAACUUGAAGGAAAAGUUUUUCGUUGCUCUGGCAUGGAUGGCAAAGGCGACAGUUCAAGCUGUUCUUGGACCUGCGGCACUUGACUUGGUCAGGAAUACUGAAGACAAGCAGCUUGCCGAGUUCGCAAACAUAAUGUUUAUCGUGUGCGUCAUAUCCAUUCUGUUGACGGCACCCGUGGGCGCAAUUCUGAUUGCGACGACUGGGCCACGGCUCCUCAGAAAAGCAACGAACUCUGACGAUAGGAGAUAAAAUUAAAUAAUCAGUUUUUAAAGUUCCUCAUUGUUACUAAAGGUUGAAAUUUUUAAAAUGUAAUUAAAGAGUGAAAAAAUUAUAAAUUUAUAUUUUUUCCGGCACCAAAAUAGUGAUAAGAAAUAUAUUGCAAGGCAAACAAAUAUUGUUUUGUUAUCAAACACUGGUGGCACAAUGUAGAGCUGCACGAUACAUCAGAGAGUCUUUUAUCAAUUUGGUCCUUAUCAGUGUGGUGUGCGGAUUAUUGAAAAUGUCUGAUUCUUCCUGUUUUCACAUACCCCGCCCAAAGUUGAAGAUAUCAAUAUGAGAUUUUCACCACUUUACCAUCUUAGUUUGGAAGCGACUUUCCUAAAUUUUUGACUAAAAAUUUUCAAAAUUGCGGGUUUUGCGGGACAUUUUGGAAAAACAAAAAAACGUGAUUAUCUCAGCUUCUGGUGGUCGUAGAACAAUUUUCCGGGUACGGCUGAACUCGUCUUAGCAAGUUCUACAACUUUGCUGUUGAAUGUAAAAUUUUAAGUCAAAGGUCAAGGUCACUUUUGGUGACCUGAAAUUUUCAAACUCAAAUUUGGAAAUGUGCUGCAUGAUGAAAAUCAUUUUUGAG